AUGCAGGGCAAGAAGGCAGAGGGGGCCCCCAACCAGGGCAGGAAGGGAGAGGGGGCCCCCAACCAGGGCAAGAAGGGAGAGGGGGCCCCCAACCAGGGCAAGAAGGGAGAGGGGACCCCCAACCAGGGCAAGAAGGCAGAGGGGGCCCCCAACCAGGGCAGGAAGGGAGAAGGGGCCCCCAACCAGGGCAAGAAGGGAGAGGGGGCCCCCAACCAGGGCAAGAAGGGAGAGGGGGCCCCCAACCAGGGCAAGAAGACAGAGGAGGCCCAGAACCAGGGCAGGAAGGCAGAGGGGGCCCCCAACCAGGGCAAGAAGGCAGAGGGGGCCCAGAACCAGGGCAGGAAGGCAGAGGGGGCCCCCAACCAGGGCAGGAAGACAGAGGGGACCCAGAACCAGGGAAAGAAGGCAGAGGGGGCCCAGAACCAGGGCAGGAAGACAGAGGGGGCCCCCAACCAGGGCAGGAAGACAGAGGGGACCCCCAACCAGGGCAAGAAGGCAGAGGGGGCCCCCAACCAGGGCAAGAAGACAGAGGAGGCCCAGAACCAGGGCAGGAAGGCAGAGGGGGCCCCCAACCAGGGCAAGAAGACAGAGGAGGCCCAGAACCAGGGGGGCCCCCAACCAGGGCAAGAAGACAGAGGGGACCCCCAGCCAGGGCAAGAAGGGUAA